ACAAUAUCAGCAACAACAACAACAACAACAACAACAGGCUAGCAGUAAACAUCAACCGAACGGCAAUGUCAUGACCGGUCUCGGCCCACAGCAACAGCAGCAGCAGCAGCAACAUAUACGCGCGCCACGCCCACCCAUCCGCACUGCCUCGUCCGCACCCAGCAGCGGCAGUGGUGGUGGUGGUGGUGGAGCCGGCACUGGUGGCGUUGGCUCCAACAGCAAUGCUGGUAUUCUCAAUAAUCUAGUCGAUCAGACGCCAUCGAAUGGCAGCAGCAGCAGCGGCGUCAGCAGUGCGCCCUCCAGCAAAGGUCACUCACACCAUCAUCUGCACACGCAUGCGCACUCGAACGCCGUCGUUGACAGCAUCGGCAUGACGACCACAACAACGUCAAGUGGCGUUGGGGUUGGCGGCAGCAGCACACAUCUGCAGCAACAGGUGCCACAGGCGGCGAUCGAUGAGAUGCGUGUCUGAUAGGUGUCGGUGUUCGAGCUGGAGUUAUAGUCGUCUUGCUCAAGUGAUAAAUUGAAUACGAAAAUGCACGAAGAGGAUGGCGCGAUGGGAAUUGAUGGAAACGAACUAGAAGAAAAUGAAGACCGAGAUCUGUACUCGCAAGCGCAUCCCUUCUACCAGCAGCCGGUAACACUGCAACGCAUGCAAUUCGCACAUUUGGCAUCAGCAACAUCCGUAUCAUCAAUGUCAUCGACAACAACGCAGCCACCACCGCCACCACCACUACAAUCACAUCCACCUCCACCUCAACCACCAGGAACAGCAUUGCAGCCAUUAAGGCAGCAGCAACAAUACCAGCAAACAACAACAACAACGCAAAA